GAGAAAGGCCGUUGCUGGCCACCAGCAGGUGAGAGGGAAACUGAUACAGUUUUUUCAGAUUCUUUCAACAAAUUUUUACUCAUUCAGCGUUUCAGUGCGUUAUUCGGCGUCUUGACGCGAUGUUCUAGUGCGAGGAUGGAUCCUAGUAGAAUGCCACAUGUGGGGAAAUUGUGUUGACAAGUGACAAUAAUUGUGCACCAAAAUGAAAUUUUGUUAUUUGCUUUUCUUCAUCUGUCUUCUUAGUGUGGACGCGCAGAGAAGAUCGGUGAAGUCUGAAUUACUAUCCGAAAAUGAACCGCAACCAAAAACUGCAAGACGAGGACGAGCUAGAUUUACUCUAACUUCGGAAAGUCCUCAAGUCGAUGAACCAAAACGAUCAGAAACAUCUAGUCGGCGGUUAAGUUCACGCAGACGACCAUCAGAGACUCAUGUAGCAACUCCAGUUAAGAUAGCUAAAAGUUACGAAGUUGAAGAAAUCGUUGACGAAGCACCUUUAGAAGCACUACGAAGGCCUAAAUCGAAAUUAUUUGCUGAAACUCCAAUUGAAUCAUUUAGAAAACCUAGCAAUUCAAAGUUGUACACUGAGGCUAAAUUUGAGGAAACUCCAGUCGAAUCAGUCCGCAGACCUAGCUCAAAAUUAUACAAUGAACCGAAAUUUGAAGAAACUCCAGUCGAAUCAGUCCGGAGACCUAGCGCAAAAUUAUACACUGAAGCCAAGUUUCACGAAACUUCAGAAAGACGACCCGUCAAAUCAAGGGUUUUAACAGAAACUAAAUUCGAAGCGCAAAAUGCGCCCUCUUCCAAUGCAUUGUUUCAACCAUCAACUACCGAAAAUUUGGACGAAAUAAUCAAAAGUAUCGGAGAUGUUUUAGACACUACUUCCUCCUCAGUGCCCUUAUCUUCGACUCUUUCCUCCUCCAGUUUAGAAUCAUUAUCAUCUGAACUGACAAGUGAGGUAACGAAAAUUGAUAAUGACAUCAGUCGGACUCAACCUGAAACUACUACUCCCAUAACUUCAAGAACCACAAGACGGAGUAACGGACGAAGUAGAAGUAACGUAGCAGCAAGUCCUACUGUUGCGUCCCGAGUUCGUUCAAGAACUAGAGCUACCAGAAGGCCAGAAGAGCCAAGUCCUGCUCCUACUGCUGGUAGAACGGUUCAUAGAGGAGCAAGACGUCGAAAUGAACCGCCUUCUGUUGAGUCUAGAACGAGAGGACCUCCAGUAAUUCAAGCUGCUGAAACAAUGGAAGCACCAACACGAUCGCGGAACGGUAGAAGAACUCCUGGAACAGCUGCUAGAAAAAAUGAAGAGGUUACAGUACCGGAAAAAGUAACCCUCGACCUCCCACAAUCUCGUAGAUUGGGUAGUAGAAAAAGUGUCGAAACGACAACAUUUAGAAGUCGGUCUAGAACACGUUCCAGGGACAUUCCCCCAAUUAUAGACGAACAAAAAUUAGAAGUUUUACCUCUCUUUGAACGAGAGAGUAAAACCGUACGACCUUUGAGGAGUGGUAAUUCAAGACGUCGUAACAUAAAUUCAGCCGAAGAAGUUGAAACCAGUGCCACAGAAAAUGACAUUAAAGUUGGCCCAAAACCACCGAAAGAAACCGUGGUUGUUGAAACUCGAACGGAAUCCACAAUCAAGCGAAGAAAAAUUAUUAGUAAAGUAUCUCGUAGAUCAACAACAACAAGUAAACCAACAGUGCAGACAAGUAAAACUACAGUUCAGACUCCCAAAUCGACAAUCGUGACUCGAAAACCUGUAGUGAAAGAAUCUGUGAUUUCUGAAGUAUCGGAAGUUACUUCAAAACGCACUGUGUCUAGACAAAAUAAAGCAGCGAGGACUAAAACCGAAAGUCCUAAAUUUGUCCAAAGAGGAACAAAAAAGUCUGAGAUUAAUUUGACAAACGUGAAAAGUAAAUCAAGUGUGACAAGCUCAGAGGAAGAGAUCGAUGAUUCUGAUAAUUACCCUGAACAAUUCAAAGCAUUGUUGCAAGCUAAGAAACAGAAAAAAGAGUCAAGGUCGCAACAUCGUCUUGUAACUGCGGCUCCGGCAGUCACGAAGACAACAGAGAAGGUCGUGAACUCUUCUCCGAGCUCCACAACGCAAGUCAUCGCAUCGGAAGCAAGCCGCCAGCAGCUGGAAGAAUCCGAAAAUGAGUUAGUCCCCCGCAAAGUGCAGCCAGGACGCCGGUUUACUCAAACCACCGAAAAAGCCACUAGGCCAACGAGAAAAAGCAAAGUUGCUCGCUCGACCACUGUUGCGCCAUCAACAUCCACAAAAGAGCACAGAUUCCAUGCUAAAUUUAACACCGAACCAGAAGCCACGACUAGUAGUCCAGUGAAAUCGGGGAGGAGUCUGUCGCCGAAACCUCCUCGUGGACUGUAUAGCAGCAGAAAAACGAAGGAAAGUUACACGAAAAAUAAAAGUCCAUCAGGACAGAUUCCGACGCCGAAAAAAUCGAAUCGAUACAGUUCGAGAUAUCGCAACGACGCCGCUGCGAGAGGUGCUAUUCGGACCAGCACCAAUGCCCCAGCUUACCUGCCCACCAUACCCACUAUCACUCCACCGACAACUUCGGUAAAAUCGUCGUACCGAGAUAAAGAUUUGGGAGUGGAGGUAAUCAGUUUCGAUGACCCUGUGAAUACGGUCCCUUCAGCAAAUCUAGUUAGCGGAGAAUACCUCGCUUCCUCGACUGAAAGUCACCUAACUAGUCCCUUGGUAAAUUGGCAAAACAACAAGAUAAAAACCGAAACUGAAAAAACUCUCUUCCUAAAGGUAGCGGCAUCCCAAACCAAGACCACCGAAAAACCCUUUUCAAUUAUCGAGAGUAUAAUAAAUUCCAUUACUGCUAUUUCUACCACCGAAAAACCCGACCCGACAAAACUAACUUUUUCGACCGAUGAUCCGACACAAGCAUCCGCUAUUUUAAAACUGGCGACCAAAAAACCGACAAAACUUGACAAGACACAAACCACCCAAUUAAUUCCUGUUGUGACAGUGACUAGUGAAAAACCCACAACCAUCAUCGAAAGAAUUCUCAGUUCUUUGUCAGCAAUUCAGGCUGAUAACAACACGGACACUAAAAAUUUCAAAUCGAAGCAAGUAGGUAGCAAUUUUAAUACAAUUAGUUCUCCGUCCACCACACCUAUCACUAGAGUGACUAAAUCUACGCUUUCUGCACAAUACAGCACCACUGUGAAUCCUUUGACUGUAUUAGAUGAGAUUUCAAAUGAACAAAUUUUGCAAAAACGCACCAUAGGUAAAUUGUUAGCUCUUCUCAAUACUUUAACUUCGACGACGCCACGCUCACAUCCCACACAAUUAGUUGUUGUUACGCCGAAAGCCACAAACUAUGUAGUUGGUACUAGAGUUAUACCCACAUCGGCCACUGCUACAUCAACAACUAUCGAACCUAUAUUAAGCUCGACUGUUACAACCACCACUACAACUGAACCUACGACAACCUCCACCACAACAGCACCUACAACAACAACUACAACCACUUCUAAUCAACUUUUCACUUCGCCGAGUCCAAGUGGCGCGUCUAUAAGCUCAAGAGUAAAACCGCCAGAAUCGACCACAAUGAGAUACACAACAACACCAACAUAUACCACACUGUCUACACUAAUGCCGCCUACGACCACAAUGAGCUCGAUCACUACACCUUCUCGAACUGAAGCAGUUCCGACAACAAUGACACCUAAAGAUAUUUCCAAUGAAAUUGGAGCUCUUCCUCUUUCUUUCGAAACGGGUGGUAGUACCACGCCGUCUACUACUACUGAUUCGUCUUUAUCAGUCGGUACUACCGAACCAUUCGAUACUGAUACCGAUUUUGUGUUUCCUUCAACAAUACCAGCAUUAGUUAAUUUCGAAGUAAGUCCAGGCAGCGUGUCUAUCUUCUCUGCUAAUGAUUUGUCUAAUGUAAUAACACCAGAAGAUGGUCCUAGUACCACAGUAACUAUUCCAGGCAGAACUAAUCUUCCAGAAACUGUCAUAACAACUCAAACGAGUACUGAAGUCACAACUCCUGUUCAAACUACUACUCCUAUUCCCAAUUCUGCUGAUAGUAACGCCAAAACGCAAACUAGUGUCACUUUAAAUAGUCGUAUCGCUUCAACUGAUCCUAGUACUACUCCCAUGAGUACAACAGUUCCUAGUGCCACAGAGGCACCGACUACUACGACGCAGAAUCCGACUACCACUGAUGGUAGUACUACCACAAUGGCUGCCACUAAUACUUCAUCUCAAGACAUUUCGUCUAACGUUAUCGAUACGACGGGUCCUCCCGAGAAAUCUAAUACUAGCACUGUCAUUCCUCCGACUAAUAUAACCUCGAGAACUUCGGGUCGUUCCGGCCGCCUUUUGAACGUAGUUCAAGACUCUGUGCAAAAUUCCAUCGAAAAUACGACCAGUGUAGACAAAGAUUACUACAUUUUUGCCGUGUUAAAUAACAAUACUGUCUUGCGUAAACGACCAAGUAGAUUCCCAAAUAAAGAAACACCUUUCCUUAUUGUCGGUGUGUACCCUAACAACACCAUAGUGAGAAAAUUCCCCAAUGGUACCCUUGUUCCAAUGGAACCUGUUAUAAGGGUAAGCGGAUUCGAUACACGCGAAAACCCUCCACCCUUACCGGAAAUAACCAGUAACCAAGUAACCCCCGACCAAGGCAGCCGACCGGAUAAUAAAAAUCUUCAAACGGUUGAACAAAAUACAAUCCCACCUGUUGAGGCAAACCCAUUGUCUAUAAGUACUGUUAAUAUUCCACCAACCACCGGAACUACACCUAGUAGUACCGUCCCUACAGCUCAAGCAAACCCAUUAUCAGUUAGUAGUAGUAGUAGUACCAGCACAACUGAAAGUAGCACUUCUACAAGCACUAGUACUAGUAGUCCUCCGCCUGUUUCUACGACUUCCGCUACUACAACAUCUAGCACAACUUCCGCUGCAACUCUGCCAACUCUGACGGAAAUUUUAACGGGAAGAACAGGAAAAGCUUUCAAUAGUAUCAUAAAUAUCUCCGAUCUAACUAAAGUCGAGACGCUUAAGGUCGAUCCGAAGACGAAUCGGGUUUUAAAUGCCGACGAGUUCAAAAAUAAAACUGGUGUUAUUUAUCGUUGGAAACCGGUGACAAGCUCCACAUACAUGUUUCAGACCGAUCUUACGUCGACCACUCUUCCGUCGCCAACCCUCUCAAACCGAAUUUUAGACAAUCCGACAACUAUGCCUCCAAUGACUUCAAUGCGAUUUACAACAAUGCCUCCAAUGACUUCAAUGCGAUUUACAACAAUGCCUCCAAUGACUUUACCAGCUUCAAUUCGCUUAACAACAACUCCUACAACAACAAUGGCCCCCACAACAACUCCAUUCUUCACAACAACAACAAUGCCACCUACUACAACACCAAUGCAAACGAGAAGACAAACAACGAUACCACCUUUCACGCAACCUGUAACUAGUUCAUUCCAAACAACUACAGGUUUUCCGACUAGUACCUACUUCCCACAAUUUUUGACCACGCUGUUCUCAACUAUCCGCCCACGAAGAGUUUCAGCAACUGAAUCACCAAUUACAAUUGUGACACCAAUUUCAAACAGAAUACAACCUGUCACAAGCCCAAGAGUUGAUAUAAGUACCAAUGUGUUUGAUUUAACUACGGCUGGAAGUACUAGACGACCGACUACAGUUGAUUUAACAACUGGUACUACUCGGAGAAUUGCUACAACAACAGUGCCCACAACUGUGCCUUUUACGGUACCUAUUAGUACUACAGUUAGAAGUAGGAGACGAAGUACUACCACUACUACAACUCUACCAACAACUACCACAAUUCUCACUACGACAACUCCACCAACUACGAGAGCUACAAGUCAGAGAAGUGCUAGACGUAGUACUACCACCGAAGCAACAACUACUACUACAAAUGCUACGAAAAAACUUAGACAGUUGACGGAACAACAAAAGAAAGAUUUGGAAGCCAUAGCGCAACUUGAACAAGAACAAGCGGCAAUCCUUCGACAACUUGCAUUCCUUACUAACCUGAAUAUUGGCGGUAAUAUGAGGACCACAACAGAUAGAACUGAUUUGGCUAAAAGGAUUGUUGCUUUGGCAGUUGAACGAGAUAAGGACCGUCCAAAACCAAUAACAACGACACCCCUCCCCGAAGUAUCAACCCCUGAAUCAAAACGCGAAGCCAAAAAAAUCAGCGUUUCCAGCGACCAAUCACUUGAAGAAAUAGUGAAACAAUUUAAUAUCGUAACCCCUUCACCAAUCACCACAGAAUACGGUAAAAGCAACGACGCAAUCAUCGCUGCUCUGCUUAAAGAACAAGGAAUUGGUCCAACAACCCCUAAAGUUCUCGAAGACGUAUACAGUCACACAACAACAACAACCAAACGUCCCAAAACCACAACACGUCCACCAGGCCCUCUCAUGCAAAGCUUGAACUGGCUACUCAACGUUCUUGCCCCUCAACCCACCACAACAACCACCACCAAAAGACCAAAACCGAAAACGAAAACCAAAUCAAAACCUAAACCCAAACCUAAACCCGAACCAAAACCCGACGAAAUACUAACCCACCAACCCACACACAUCACACCUGUGGUCACAGCAGCCCCGCGCCGGAACCUCGUCAGUUCACUGUCACAGCAAGACAUUCAGAAAUUAAUCCGCCAGCUGGAAAACAUCCAAAAGGACCCGACAAACUCACAAGAGCUUGACUUUUCGCAAAUUAAGAGUCUCCAAGCGCUGCUUAACUCAGACGAAGGGGUGCAAGUAACGUCUUCGGGAAGCACAGGAGCCACUUCACGGCCUAACACAACCCCUCUCACCACCGCAAAACGCAGGAAUAAAGGCCGGGUGGCCAAAUCGACAACAGCUGAGCCUCUGAGUGUUAGUAAUAGUAUCGCUGAUGACGAGGAAUUUGUUUCGACGACUACGACUAGGUCCAGGGUUUCGCUACCGCCUGUCAGACUACGACCUGUUCCAGGGAUUGAGGAUGGGGAUACUUUGGUUCGAGGGCAAUUGAUUACAGCAGCAGUGAACGUCACAAGGGCUAUUUCCUCGUUCCUGGGAACGGCUUUGCAGGAUGCUGCUCAACAAGUUUCGAGACUAUUUGCAAACGGGUCUGCAAAUUUCAAAGAUUAUUUGGGUUCUAGUUCGGUUUUAGCGAACGCUUCGAAUUUUUCCGCGGCUAGUAGAGUUUAGGAUGAUUCAAUUUUUUAAACGGGUGCUGCCACCGGCUUCCAGUCCUUGAUAGGUUCCGGAUCUCGCGUUGUGGGGUCUUUAAUGCAAGUUUCUUCAAAUGCUUCUUCAAGACCAGGAUGAAGAAUACGUGCUAUACUUAACUGUUAUUUAUUGUAUUAAUUUGCAUGUAACUUGUUCACUUGAUUUGUUAUAAUUGCACAAAGGACAUUAAGAUUGAUGGGAAAGUUAUUAGUCAACUGAUUCGACGUGAUAAAAUUUUAUUUCCUAUUGUUUUUUUAUUUAGGUGUAACUACUUAGUCAUAAUUUUAGAAAACCAGCUGAUGAAAAAUACUCGGAAAAAUGAUUUUAUUCUCGCUUUUUGUGUAUAUAGAAAGUGUUGUAAAUUAUUAUUGUUAUACUAGUUAGUACGGUUUUAAUUUUAUUAUUUUUAACAUUAACUUGUAAAUAAAUUGUAGUGAUUACCAUUAAUAAAAUACAAGGAGAGAAA